UUGCGCGGGAGGGGUGUGGGGAGAGAGCGAGAGAGAGAGAGCGAGCGAGCGAACGCGCGCGCGCGAGGCGGUUGGUGACGUUGGCCAACUGUCAUUCGGAGAGGCUUCAGGCGGCGGCGGCGGAAAAUCUAAAUUGCAAACUGCUGCAUUCUUUAGACUUUCAGCUUAUAAAUUGGGAAGGAUCAUUAUUUUGUUUGUACCGAGCUUCAUCCCUCUGAUCUUUGUGGAUAAAGUUAUGUCAACAGCUGCACUAAUCACCUUAUGCAGAUAUGGUGGUUCUCAAGUGAGAAGAAGAGCAUUGCUGACUUCAAGGCUGCUUCAGGACGACAAGCGUGUGGUAUUUAUCUACCACAGUUCCACCAGUGAUCGCAGGGCUUCACGUUUUGACGUAGAAGGUGGUGGUCGUCAAACAACCUGGGAUUCUUUUGGCAUCUGGGACAACCGCAUUGAUGAGCCAAUUCUACUUCCACCAAGCAUAAAAUAUGGCAAACCGAUUCCAAACGUUAGCUUGAGUAACGUUGGAUGCACUACUCAGAUUGGUCAGCGGAAAGAGAAUGAGGACCGUUUCAGAGUUGGAGUGCUGACUGAGAACGUCCUGUAUUUUGCAGUGUAUGAUGGACAUGGUGGACCAGCAGCAGCAGAUUUUUGUGAUAAGCACAUGGCAAAGUACAUUGUACAAUGUCUCUCACAAGAGGAGAAUCUGGAAAAGGUGCUGACCAAAGCUUUUUGUGAGAUAGACAAGGAAUUUGCAAGACAUGUCCACUUAUCUGCAAAUGUUUCCAUCCUGACAUCGGGAACGACUGCCACUGUGGCUCUGUUACGUGAUGGCAUUGAACUUGUUGUGGCAAGUGUAGGUGACAGCCGGGCUAUUCUUUGUCGAAAAGGAAAGCCUGAGCGAUUGACUGAAGACCACACUCCAGAAAGAAAAGAUGAAAGGGAGAGAAUUAAGAAAUGUGGCGGUUUUGUUGCCUGGAACAGUCUAGGUCAACCACAUGUAAAUGGGAGAUUGGCUAUGACCCGCAGUAUAGGCGAUCUGGCCUUAAAGUCUGUGGGAGUCAUUGCUGAGCCAGAGACUAAACGGAUUAAGGUACAGCAUGGAGAUGAUGCUUUCCUGGUUUUGACGACGGAUGGGAUUAACUUUAUUAUGAACAGUCAAGAGAUUUGCGACCACAUCAGUCAGUGUCAUGAUCCAAUAGAGGCUGCUCAGCUUAUUACUGAACAGGCCUUGCAGUACGGUACAGAGGACAACACCACUCUUAUUGUGGUUCCAUUUGGUGCAUGGGGGAAACACAAGAAUUCUGACAUCUGUUUCUCAUUCAGCCGAAGCUUUGUCUCAAGUGGAAGAUGGGCAUAAUGUUGUGAAUAUAAAUGGGCAAUAGUCUAUAUGCUAAUCACUGGUCAAUAGAACACAAAACUGGAAAGCAAAAUAGGCUGGUAAAAGAUAUAUUUACAGUAAACAAUAUUUUCAUAUGGUGAACAUUUGUUCUGUUAGAAGUUGUAAUGUGAAUUAAAAAGGCAGCUAGCCAGCAUUUUUGUUGCUAUGUCCUUUUAAGAAAGGAUUUAAUAACUACCAAUACAUGGAAGAGGCAAAAGGAAUUUUAGAUUCACCAUACUGCUCACUACCAUAGAAGCUAAUUGAUGUUGCUAUGUAAUUGCAGUAUAUUCUGUGAAGCGCUUUACCUAGAUAGACAAAAUCUCUUAACAUUGUAAAAACUCUUAAUGUUGCAUCAAAUAUGAUUUGAGCUUCAAGUAACAAUGAUUGUAUAGUGUUAGAAUUGUUAGCUUGGUACAACAAUGCAAAGAUACUAUGAUCAAUUCUAUUUUUUUUAGUUCUGGCAGUGCUUCUGUUAUGUAUAUGACCCAAAUGAGCGUGGAUUUGCUUUGAGAGACACGCCUGAAAAUGGCUUUCAGGUCUUUCAGGUCAUCAGUCCACCACUGCCAUCCUUUGUUACCCAUUGCAUGUUAUUUGCAGGAAGUGUCGCUGAGGUUAGUUUCUGCUUGUUGCACCUACAUUAUUUAAAUAACAAUAAUCCUUGCAUUUGAUAUGGCGCUUUUCAUGGCUUCUAGACAUCUCAAUUCAUAUGUCGUAAUAUGAAUUUCAAUUUAUAUUACGGUAAUCUUCAUUACGGAUCACAUUUGUGCCAUUUCAGCUGAAAUCUAGGAUGUGAAAUUCCUUUGAAAAUGACUGGGACAAAUCACUGCACUUAGUAGUAUAACGGCACUGACAUGACGUGAAUAUCCUUUUAGCAAAGAUCAGAAUUUAGAGGGUGUGGAAUUUCUUCCCAAGUUCCUAAUAUAUAAUGUAAUUAAGAGUGCUGUCUCUGUAUCUUUUACCCCAAAUGUAUUGGACAGUCAACUCCCGUCAAAUCUGUCUAAUUCUCUUUAAAUGAAAAAAGCUAUGACAGAUUCUCGUUGAACCAUCUGUUGGUAGGACAUUCCAAAUUCUGUCAAUCUCCCGAAAAAUAAUCUUAACUUCUUCCUAUUUUGGUGGUGAUCUUCAAUUUAUAUUCUUGUUACUUCCUCACAGACAAGUGGAUUUAUCUUAUCAAACCUCAUAUUUUUCAACACUUGUGUGGAGAGCACAAAACUGCAAACAGUAUUGUAACUGAAGCUUAACAUAUGAUUUGUAUUGUUUAACCUUGCCUCUUUGUUUAUUAUUAUUAUUAUUUGUUUUGCAUUCUUUUGCUAUUACCAUUUUGUUUAUAACUUUGACUACUAGUCCUUGCCAUGUCAUCUGAUUUCACUCCACUGUGGCCCACCUUACAGAAAAUGAAGAUCUUUCAAGGAAACAUGAAAAUUGUUUUAACCCCAGGGGGUUUUUUUUAGUCAUAAGAGGGAAAAAAUUGGGGAUCCUGUAGAGUAUUGGUUAGAGCAAUCGCCUCUGAAGCAGGAAGUCCUGGCUUUGAUCCCCGGCCAGGGUGAAACGUUAAGCAAGUUCCCUUACUCCAAAUGUCUCUGUUUACCUAGCAGUAAGUAGGAACCCAGUUGUUAGUUAAUUGGCAGAUUGCUUUCAGGGGGUAAUAAUCCCAUCAAAAAUAAAUUACUACCAAUAAUUUGUUCACUUAAUCUACAACUGUUUUUGGGACACUGCUGCUUUCGUUGUGUGUUUUGCUCACAAAAUAUACAAUCAAUCCACUUACAGAAUUAUAAAGCGCUUGAGAUCUCUCAACAACAUGAUAAGGCACUAUAUCAAUUGCAAGGAUUAUUAUGAAAUUUGGGAGGAGAGAAUUUAACCCAAAAUGAUAAAAUCAGGAAUCCUUUUGGAACAUUCACUUAACACAAUCAUUUCGAACCAAACCUGGUUCAAUGCUGGUCUUGCAAUACCUGUGCGUUCCCAAACCCACCAGCAUUACAGUGAAGCUAGUGUUCGGAUAUCUGCAUUGCUAGAAUCAGCUUUCACAGCUUGACUGGAACCAGUGCUGCAGCCAGGCAGGUUUCAGGAUACAGGUGCACAAGUGCAGAUUUAGAUUUUAACAAUUUAAUUCAGCCAAAAUAUCAUUUUAUGCUAGUUGUCUUUCAUUGGGGAAAAAAGUGAAUUAAUCAGUGGAAAUCUAUUAAUCGCUCUUAAUUAUUCAUUACAUUUGUGUACAUUUACUGUUAAACGAGCACUAAUUUAGCUGUGAUUUUGUGUGGGCAGUAUGAUGCUCCUUUGGUAAUACUAGUGGUUUGAACAGUGCUGCUAAACUUUUGUUCCCUAGGAGUGGCAAGAGGUUACAUGUAAUAUUUAAUAAUAAAUGUCAAGUAAACUGUUGUGACUUUCACAAACAAGUUAAUAUUGCUCAAAUCAUAAAUUUUGUUAAGUAUUCUAUCACAAUUGAAGCAGUUGAUCAUGUCCGAAAAAGCAUUUUGUGACUUUGCAUUGUUGAAAAUGUAGCUGAUUCAUUCCAAUGUCUUGCAUGCAGAUCCUUCCACUAGUGCUUUUAUUAUACUGUGUAUAUUACAUUGUAAAUACUGUAUUCCGUAUUGUACAUUUAUUAUGAUUGAUGCUAUAUAUAGAUCUGUUACCCUUGUGACAAAUGCGUGCUGCAUUAUGAAUUCAACUGGUUUUGUUUGUACAGGUUGUGCAAAAAUAUAUAACGGUUUUAAACUUUUAAUGUGACAUUUUAUAACCUACAAACCUUACUAAUGUAUUAUUGAAGGCAGUGAUAGAAGGUUGCUUGCACAUAUUCCUCUAAAGGACUGUUAUGAGUAUGUUUGAAUUAAACUUAAUUUUUUUAUGUAUUGAGGAGCUGUAUGUUAGGUUAGAAAGGACAUCAGUGUUUUAGGUCAAAAAGGAAUUUUUUCAGUUGUACUGUACAGUCACGGGAUUGAUCACACAGAUAUUUUUGGCAAGACAAUAUGUGUACAUACUAUAUCAAAUGUACCUUAAUCUGAGUAACAUGCAACUGCUAAAAGUACAGUGUCUGGUCAAAACCAGAGACUGCAUUAAAAAUAAAAACUUAAUCUAACACAUAUUGUUUUGUAACUUAUGCCUGUUUGAAACCAGGCUAUAAAUUGUGUGUUAUCUGUUGUUGUAAGCUAAAGUACAGCUGCAGGUGGUACUGGUAUUUUGUUCAUACAUAUGUGACUCCAGUGCUGUGCAGAUGUAAAUUAAUAAAACUGGUGAGUUUUUAAGAAGUGAUUAACUUUGGAAGGACAAUGUGUUCUGAACAAUAAUGGCAUAUGAUUCUUCAGCAUUGUUAGAAAGCAGUGAAUCAAUCCUUUCUCAAUGCUCUGGUCAUCUUCUGCACAUUUGUGCUGAAAGUGACAUUUCACUGUGAAUUAAUAAAUAAAUAAUUCUAAACCUUUCUUAUUGGCAUGAAAGAGUAAAUUAGAUUUUGGGUAUUGUUGCGCAAGUCAUUAGGUCAAAUUGUGCUGUUGCAGAGCAGGAAAUGUAGAGUUUAAAAGUUUCAAAAUUGAAAUGAGUGAAGUGUGAAAGCAGGUGUUUUGAGUGUGUUACAUACCGGAUAAUCAUCUGAGGGGGUUCUACAAUAUUCUAAUUCUGGAAUUACACUACUGUGAACUUGGUUUCCAAUGAACCUACUUGGGGUUCAAAUGCAAGCACUCAAUAUUUGUUUUUUUGCUGUUUGUUUGCUUGUGCUACACAGUCGUUUGAAAGAACUCACCAAAUCAAUUCCAGUUUAUUGCUGCUAGUAUGUAACCAGGAUGUAACAUUACAUCAGAAGUCUGAGCCACUAAUGCCUUGCAACCUGACCAAAAUGCUAGACUUCCUCUUUCAAUGUUCUACUUGGAUUUUCUGUAUGUGGGAAGUGAUGCUUGCACGAGAUGCUCGUAGUAGGACAUUUGCCAAAAAAUAUUUAUUUUAAUACUUUGGUUUCUAGAUGUUUUAGUUAAGGCAUGAAUAGUUACAGCAUUCACUGCUGAUGUACAGUAGCUGUGGUGAAAGCUAUAAACUAUGUAAACAAACAAUAAAAACAUUUACAUUGAA